AAAUAAUUUUUUUAAUUUGUAGAUCAGAAAAAAAAAAUGAAGUUCUUGGUUUACCCUGAUUUCGGCUUGGAGAAAGAAACAGAGAUUUCAUGGAUAAUUCUGAUUCUCAAGUGUAUUUCGGGUGAUUCAAGCUCCAUCCCUUCUGGUCAGUAUUUGUUUUUACUCAAAUUAUCUUGAUUUUGUGUUAGGGUUAAUUGGCAAUCAAACAAUGUGAUGGAAAUUCCAUCUGAUUAUGUAAAAGUUUAUGAUUUUGGUUUAAAUAUCAAAGCCUCCGGACAUUAGGAACUGGUUUUCAAGUUACAAGCAUGAAUCCUUUGUAUUGGAUACUUACCAUGAUUUUGGAAACUAUGUUUCAAGAGAUAGUGAAAGCAACAAGGACGGGUUUGUUAUUGGAGAGAAUAAGAAGGAAAAAGAAGAGAACUUGAUUGAAUUUGUAGAAAAGAGGAACGGUUAUGAUUCCUGUGAAGAUGGUUCUUUUCAAGAUAAAGAAUGUCUGAAUCAGAGUCUCAGUGAGGUACAAAUUGUGUGUUUUUCCUUAUAUUGUAAUGCUAGCCUAAAUUUGGAUGCUCCUUUAAAUAGUUUAAUCUGGGCUUCAAGAUUGUGCCUUUGAAUCCUAAUACAUGAAAUGUG